AUGAAUAAGAAUAAUUAUUUAUUAAUUUUACAUUCCGAUGCUAGAUUAUAUUUAGAUUAAGCAGAUGAGAUAUUUGAUUCAUUAAUCAAUACAUUUUUUACUCCAAUUAAUGUGAUAUUGCAUGGCAUGUAGUUGUUUAGCAUUAGGAGAAUUAUGUAUAUGAGGAUUAAUUCUUGA